UGCUCGUUCCCCGGACCUGGCUAUCCCCAGCCUCUUGCCUGCAUCAGCCUCUAGCCUGGGACCUGUCCUGAUGCAUCCUUUGAUGCUGGGUCAGCAUCUUUGCCUCCAGCAAAUCGGAAACCAGAGUCACUCCCCUGGAUAUUCCCCCAUCACACCUCCUGGAAACCUGGGACCCUCAACCCCUUGCGUGGAAUGGACUCUCCUCCUGGACCCUUGACCUUUCACCCUGACCAGGCUCCCGCCCAGGACCCUCAGCCUCGCAGCUAAGAGCCUGGGGUCUGGGUUAGUUCAGCUCUGGCUGUGUAAUUUGCUGGCCUUCAGGUGUCUGCCUGUCACCUGUCCUGCCAGCUGGAAAAUCAGGUCUUCCUCGUCCCUGUGUCUCUUUCCUGGAGGCUGCCCCCAUUCCCAGGGACAAUUGUCCCUCUCAGCCUUGGUGUUUGGCUCUCUAAGAAUUUCACUGCCACUUUCUGCUCCCCUCCCAUCACUUUUCAUGGCCAUGUCCUAGUUGGGCCUCAGCUUGUCUGUCCUCCCCUUUGGGAGGCAUGAGGCCAGCAUGGGGCUCACAGACCCUGGGGUGUGGAGGAAGAAGCUCCCUCUGCCUGCUGGGCUUCUUGCCGUGGCGUUGGAAGUUGGCAGUGAUGCGUCGGCAUCUCCUCCGCUGUCUCUCUGGAGCUGCUCUACUCCUUGUCACCAUGGCUUUCCUCUCCAUGAGGCACCGUGGCACUCAAGAGUUGGUCCGCUACCAAGGGGUUGGUGAUGGGACAUCGGAUAUCCUGGAGCACCAGGCUAAAAUGUCCCCAGCGGAUGUGCUGAGAGACAGCAGCAGGAGACAGGAGCUGAAAGAGCCACCAGGCCCUUCCAAGGUGGGCUCCAGUGUGCGGAGAGGCCUGGAGCUUGGAGAGGUUUUCAUUGCUGUGAAGACAACCAAGAUGUUCCACCAGACCAGGCUGGAGCUGCUGCUGGACACUUGGAUAUCCAAGGCAAAAGAGCAGACCUACGUCUUUACUGACGAAGAAGACGAAGCCCUGCAGAAGAGAAUGGGUGACCAUGUGGUAUUCACAAACUGCUCCGCAGAGCAUAGCCACCCAGCCCUCUCCUGCAAGAUGGCAGCCGAGUUUGAUGCGUUCUUGGCCAGCGGCCUGAGCUGGUUUUGCCACUUGGAUGAUGAUAACUACCUAAACCCAAAGGCCCUCUUGAAGCUCUUGUCUUCCUACUCUCCAGCCCAGGAUGUUUACAUUGGGAAGCCCAGCCUGAACCGGCCCAUCCACGCCUCCGAAACAAUGCCCAACAAUCAGACGAGGUCCGUGCGCUUCUGGUUCGCUACUGGAGGGGCGGGAUUCUGCAUCAGCCGCAGGCUGGCCGUCAAGAUGGCACCUUGGGCCAGUGGCAGUAACUUCCUGAGCACCUCAGAGCUCAUCCGCCUCCCGGACGACUGCACCGUGGGCUACAUCGUGGAGUGCAAACUGGGCGGGCGUCUGCUCCCCAACACGCUCUUCCACUCUCACCUGGAGAACCUGCAGCUGAUACCCAGGCCCCAGCUCCCGCAGCAGGUCACCCUCAGCUAUGGUGUCUUCGAGAAGAAACUCAACACUGUUGAGCUGGCCGGCCCCUUCUCUCAGCACGAUGAUCCCUCCAGGUUCCAAUCCCUUCACUGCCUUCUCUACCCGGACACUUCCUGGUGCCCACGGCCUGUCUGAGCUCCCACACCCAAAGGGUCCCACUCAGGCCAGCGACCCUCAGUUCGUGUUGUGUGGGGGGGCACUCAAGGAGCCCUGGGCGCUCCCUCUCUCCUUCGCAGUGACUGCCCUGGGGCCGCAUGCUGCAGCUAGCGAUAGCUUGGUGGGUCAGUGCUUGCUGAGCACGGCACAGGGUGAGAAGGUAGAAUCCACAGCAAGGCGCCCAGGUGAAAAUGUGGAAUUACGCUGUUGGUGGGACAUUUCAAAUGCAACCCAAUUUCCCAUGGGCUCUGGGACACUUGUGGGGGGUGAGGAUGGGCGGGAGGGGAAGUCGACAUGCCUCUGGUAAUGUAGGCAGUGUAGUGGUAGCCCUGUCGGUCCCAGGAUAUUAGAGAGACAAGGUGGGGGAGGUAACCUUAUGCCUCUAUUAACAGCCAGACUUUGGCCACAACUGCUGGCUGUGCCGGAAUAGAUGGAGACCUGGUGCCCCCUGCUGCGUGGAUGGAGCAUAUCUCUGUAUGCAUCCUGAGCCGCACUGACCAUGUGGGGCCGAGUGUGAAUGGAGUGUACGGCUGGCCUUCACUUCAGUCUCUGCUGGGCAGGGCCUCUCCUCCCUUUAUGCCCCCAAACCCUUUCUGACUGAGCCUAUGCUGGACAAGAGCCUUUUCUGUCCUCCCAUUUGUUGAGCCUCUGCUGGCCAGGGCUCCGCCUGCCCCAGCCCUCUUGCUAAGCCUCUGCUUAGAUAGUUUGGCUACAUUCUCACGCCAGAAACUCAAGUCUUUGAUCAUUUGUUUCAAUAAAAUGACAGUGUGAUCAUG